AUGCCGGUGCUUUCGGGAUUUGUUGGUGAUUGCAGCUCUGAGCAGGAUUGGCCGCAAAUGGGACUGAUUGCAGCCGUUGCUUUAAUCUCCAUCAUCUUGGCCUCGAUGCUGGUCCUGAGACAACUGACGAGAGUGAAGAAAAGCCGGAGGAGCUCAGAGGCAACGCUGAGCAAGGAAGAUGUACCACCAGGAUAUGAGUACGAGGUUUUCUUGAGUUUCAGGAGAUCGGACACACGCAAUAACUUCACUGAUUGCCUUUACCAUAGAUUGAGACUCGCUGGAGUCCAUGUCUUCCGAGACAACGAAGAACUCCGAGUUGGCAAAGAAAUCAGUGGUGAGCUUUUGAAAGCACUUGACAAGUCUCAGAUCUACAUUCCCAUCUUCUCUCAGAACUAUGCUAUCAGUUCAUGGUGUCUCCGUGAAAUUGCGCACAUGGUAGAAGGCACCUCAAAGUCAGAGGGGAAGAAAGAGAUACUCCCUAUCUUCUAUGAUGUCGACCCUGACGACGUUAAGCUCAAAACUAAAUUGUACAAGAAGGCCAUACCCAAGCACAAGAAGAAGUUCGGUUCUGAUGCAUUGAAGUGGUGGGAGGAUGCUCUUGCGAAGGUUGCACAUCUGAAGGGAUGGGAACUUAAAGGGAAAGGCCAUGGAGAACUAAUUGAAUUGGUUGUUGGAGAGGUAUUGUGUAAGCUUAAUGCUAGAAACAUGGAUGUGCCUGAAUGUUGGGUCGAAAAUCAUCAUCAAAUAGAAGACAUACUAGAAAUGUUGGAAGUUGACUCUAAUGGUGUACGUUUCCUUGGUAUUCAUGGAAUAGGUGGAAUUGGUAAAACAGUACUUGCAAAGGUUGUGUUCAAUAAAAUAUCUUCUCACUUUGAAGGUGUUUGUUUCCUCAAUGAAGUUCGAGAAUCAUCAAAACAUGGUCUUAUAAACGUGCAGAAAAUGUUAUUAGCAAGUUUUGUGGGUCCUGUGAUUGCUGAUCAUAUCAAAGGCAUUGGAGAUGGGAUGAAUUGGAUCAAGAGAGUAUGUUAUACUAAAAAAGUCCUCAUUGUUCUAGAUGAUCUAGACAAGGACGAGCAACUCAAAAAGCUAGCUGGAAAAUCUAAUUGGUUUGGUUCAGGCAGUAGGAUCAUCUUCACCACUAGAAACUUAGAGAUCUUCAAGACUCAAGUGGAAUCAUCCAGCAAAGAGGUCCUAAAUCAACCCAAAUGA